AAGAAAACACAUUUUAUACCUUAUGGUCCAUAUUGUACAAUACAUCACGUACACGAUUUAUUUGACGAGAAAUUCGAAAUUAUUCACUUUUAAUCAUUUAAUAAAGUAGUGUAAGCUUUAGUAAUCUACAGUUUAUGAUCUCAGUUUUAAAACCAUGGCUUUAACUGCGGAGAGGCUUAGGAACGACGAAAGGUUUUCUGGGGAGAACGUUACGCAAUUUCUCCUUUUUUUGCCAUUUGGACUAUGCCUGUUUGUGGUACGGACAAUUUUGGCUUUAAUCUUAUGGGUGGCUUCGAUAAUAUUGCCGAACAAAUCGACGGUCAGGCAGAUGCUGUCGACGCUCGCCUGCUGGACAUUCGGAGUGUAUGUGAAGGUGAAGGGCCAGCGUGACCCUCGCUGCAGCAUGCUAGUGGCCAACUACGCGUCCUGCCUGGACUCGCUGGCCGCUGCGCACGCGCUGGGAACCAUCAGUCUACGGAAGUGGAAGGUGCCGCCAUUUUUUGCGUCAACACUAGGCAUCAGGAACGCAGCCCAGUUUGUUAGAAAAGAACACUUUGGCGACUGCACGAGUGCGCCGUUGCUUCUACAGCCGGAGGGCGGGCCGGCGAACGGCCGCGGUCUACUCCGCUUCGCUGACUGGCCCUUCCCCGUCGCCCAGCGAGUACAGCCCGUCGCCAUUGAGGUGGAACGAGCGUUCACCGCCGUGACAGUACACACGGGUCACGGCGCCGGUUUUCCGUGGCGUGACGCACUAUGGUUCCUGCUGGCGCCCGUCACCGUGUACAAGCUGACACUACUGCCAGCUACGAGUGACGUCACAGAGGUGGCCGGCGUCAUCGCUGAACACUUGCAGAUAGAAGCAACAGACGUGGAGUACUCUGCACUAUGCCUCGCGCCGCCUGUGGCGCCGGCGCGCGCCGCGGGCGGGCCGGCGCGCGAGCUGGCGCGGCGCGCGCAGCAGGUCAAGGAGGUGCUGCCGCGAGUGCCGCUCGCCGACAUCAUGAGGGACCUCGCCAUCACCCGCAGCGUCGACGUGACAGUUACGAACUUCCUCGAAGGUGUGACCCCCUACACGCCAGAGCCGAUUCAGCAGGCUCCACAGGCCCCCGCCGGCCCCGCCAACCCCCAGCCCGGCCCCUCGGCCCCGCGAUACGUCACUCCGCCUGCUCAGGCCCCCUUCCCAAAGAGCGCGAAGGAGCGCCAACUCAGCUUCCAAGAGCGGAAAGCGCAGAUGAUCGCCGACGCACGCCAGAGGUAUAUAGAGAAACAUGGGCUCAAUAUCACUAUGACAGGCUAACGAUAUACAUUGUUUUGAUAUAUUUUCUUAUAUAAUUUUAGUUCGAGAGCUUUCUGUCAAUGUAUGAAACCCAAUUAUUCGAGAAUGCUAGGAAACUGAAUGUAAAUUAUUUAAGCAAAACCAGGCGUGGGUCACUCCGCGAUUUCGUUGUGUCGCUACAAGUACAUGCGGCCCACACCUGUUUUGGUGUCUAGCAGUAGUAGUUGCCGCGCACCGCUACAGAACGGACGCCUGCUCGCGCUUGCGCCUCAUUUCGGUCAUAUCUGUCGUAAAGGGGCCCACUGAUUACCAGUUCUCUGGACGAUAUCAGCCUGUCAGUUAAACGCAAAAUUUGACAGAUCCCAACAACUGACAGGUUGAUAUCGUCCGGCGAACUGUUAAUCAGUGGGUCCCUUAAUAGACGGGUUUUGUUUAAGUGAACCUUCUGUACCUAGUACUAUUAUUUAUUCUGUGGCAAAAAGAUGACUUGUCGGAUCAAAAAUCGGCUUCAACAUUCGGCACAAGCGGUACAGUAGGACGCUCCUAGGUCGAUUGACUUUUUGAUGUAUUUCACUCUGGUAAUCUUUUAGAAGAAUCGGCUACAACAUUUGAAACUGACGUAUUCGCUAACGUUUGUGUAACUUGCUUUCUAUAAAUCUCGCUCGCACUAAAAUGCAAGCACGAACGAGAUGCGUAGAAAGUAAGUUACGCACACGCUAGCGGACAUCUCAGUAUUAUCAUUGUCAAGCUCGUGGUAAGGCUACUAGAACAUGCUUGGGAAGUUAUCUAUAAAAAUGCGGAUUGAAUGACCCUUAUUAAUAUUUCAACCGCUGUCACAUAUACGUGACUGAGAUAAUAGUGUAAACAAAUAACUAGGGUAAUUCGCCAGUAACUGGCCACCCUGAACUAAAAAUGAAUUCUAUUCACCUAUAAAUAGAAUUAAUUUUAGUAUAAAGUGGCCAGUUUUUAUACCUUAUACUGAUAUAAAUUGUGUUUAUAGGUGAAAAGAAUUCAUUUUUAGUUUAGGGUGGCCAGUUACUGGCGAAUUACCCUAUAUUACUUAAUUUGAUAUCGUAAAUGAUUCAUAUAUUUUUGUUCUCAUUUUUAAUAAGGAACAGCGUAGUUGUUGACUGAUCACAAUUUAAACUUUUCUUUGCAUAGUUAUUAUAUUUAUAUUGUGAUAAUUUUUGGCGUUUAUUCUUGUCGGUACGGUCAGCCAAGAAAGUGGUCUACCACUUUUCGACUCUAUCAAUCAGAUGAUAGAGUCGAAAAGUGGUAAACCACUAUCUUGGCUGACUGUACAACACCAAUAUAUGUAAGGUUUGAAUUCCCGAGUAGUAUGGCAUAGCGUUCAUAGGGUUAAUACGUAAAUGCGAUUAUGAAUUUGUGGGGAUCAGAGUUAAAUAAAAUGACCUUUUGUUUCAACCCUUUUGGUGGUCCAUUUGACUGCGAAAACAAAAAAUGUUAUUUGGAAUAUUUUUUUUAUUUCAUGGUGGUUAGAAGGUUAAAUAACAACUUUAAUUUUAUUAUUUUUUACAUGUUUUAUUGCUUCUUUCGCCUCCAGUAUAAUAGUGAUCAUUUUCUGCUGUCAAUUUCUAUUCCUCAGUAAAGUACAUUUUACGUUAUAGUUCGUUUUUUUAGCAUUAGAAAGAACUUGCAAGAAGCUAAGCGAUCUUGACACAUCUUUUAAUUGAAAAACGCUUUUUAAAAAUAAAAAACUAUUACUUAUGAAAGCAGAAGAAUAUAAAUGAUCGUAUUAGGUUCAUAAUUGUUACAUAUCGUAUCUUAUUUUUAAAAUGUGUUUUUAAUUAAAAGACACAUCAAGAUUGUUUACCUAAUUUCUAAUGCUAAAAAAACGAACUAUAGUUUAUGACUAAUGUUAUUUGGUUCCUUAUAUUUUAUUGUAUUCUUCAUUUCUUUGAAAUAUCUCUUCGUUUUGCCUCGCAUGAGACUUGAAAUGAAAGUAUAUAUGUAUAGCUAUUAUAUUCCUACAGUCAAGACCAUUAACAUGUAUUAAAUAUGCAGUUUAUUGCAUACGAAUAUUCGGCCGAAUGUUCGGUUCAAAAUUUACCGAAACGAAAAUUCGGCCGAACUAUUCGGUUCAUCAGUAACAUCCUUAUUCAAAGUUUUCAUGUUACUGGGGUUGAAUGUAGGGAAAUAUAUUACUUUCCGUCUUUGAAUAAAAAGCAUUAAAUAUUGUUCAAAUUUAUAUUAGAAAUAUCUUAAUUACUCUCUAUUCAAGAGAUUAAAUUGAAAUUAAACUAGAUGACGAACGAUAAUAGGUCUACAUUUUACGUAUGCAAAUAGCGACCAUACGUCCUUGAAAUAAGGUGCAUAAUGUUUACGUCAAAAUGGGGACUUAUUAUCUACGUGAUUGUACUGUACCUUGAUUUACAUGAGUUAUAUAAAUAAAUAGGAUGUUUCCUA